AUGGCCACAACGAUGAGAGCUGCGGUCUACGGCGCGUUCUCUGGGCCGAUCAACAUCCAGGAGGUGCCAAAGCCUUCUGCACCAUCGGGAGGACUGCUUCUGAGAGUCAAGGCCUGCGGCGUCUGCCGCUCCGAUUACCACGGCUGGAAGGGUUUGGACAGCGACAUCGUCCAGCAUGGCCUGCCCUUCACGCCGGGUCAUGAGCUGAGUGGCAUCGUCGUGAAGAUGGGCGAGGGCACAACCAAGUUCCAGGUAGGUGACCGCGUGGCCGUCCCUUUUAUCCUCAGCUGCGGCGCAUGCCGGCAGUGCGCAAGGAGCCGACCUACCAUAUGCGAGGCACAAGCUCAGCCGGGCUUUACCUUUCCGGGUGGCUUCGCAGAGUUCGUAGCGAUACCCCGCGCGGACCGAAACUGCAGCCUCAUACCACCGAAGGUCUCCUUCCUACAGGCUGCAGCUCUGGGAUGUCGAAUGACGACCGCAUAUCGAGCCGUCAUGCAACAGGGCCGAUUGAAGCCGGGUGAAACCCUGGCAGUGUUUGGCUGCGGUGGUUUGGGACUGUCAGCGGUGAUGGUUGCCUUGGCCGCGGCAGAAAACGUGCGAGUCUUGGCUGUGGAUCCAAGCGAGGAGGCAUGCAGGAAAGCCGUGGAGCUCGGUGCCUGGCAUGCUUUCGAUGCGAAGGAAGGUGACGAAUAUGUUCGAGCCAAAGUUGCCGAAGUCACCGCCGGAUUUGGUGCGGACGUCACAGUCGAUGCAGCAGGUUUCGCCAAGUCCUGUGAAAAUGCAGUUUGGUGCACCAGGCGCGGUGGUCGAAUGGUCCAAGUCGGCCUACCGCACGGCGAGGAGCCACGUCUACCAAUGGCACGCGUCGCAGGGCUGGAGAUCGAGAUCAUAGGUUCUCAUGGCUUGGCAGCAACGGACAUGCCCCUGCUGCUCUCCAUGGUGGCCGCAGGAAAGCUGCAGCCGGAAAAGUUGGUUGAGCGCGAAGUCAACCUCGAAGAAGGGGCCAAGGCUCUGGAGGCCAUGGCGAAUGGCUCAGCCUUGGGCAUGACCAUGAUCACUCGCUUCAAGGACAAGGACACGGGUGCCCAACUGGCUCGGGGCAACUUCGCUGAGCUCCCUUCCCUGCUCAGGGCCUCCGGCCUCCUUUCAUCGACAAGGCCGCAAUGUGAUGCUGUUCUAGCCGAUCUCGGUGUCUCCUCUCCGCAGCUGGAUCGCGCAGAGCGCGGCUUCAGCUUUCGCAGUGACGGCCCGCUGGACAUGCGGUACGUGGCCAACUUGCCACCUCAUGAGCUGGAGAAACACAUCUGCGAGUGGGUGCUCUUGACUUGUCAACAUGAAGAGGAAUCUCCCGCUUUGCACUUUGGGUGGGUGGCCGAUGCCGCGGUUUUCGACGAUUGCAAAGGCUCCAAUGGCGGGAUUUCGAUUUCUGGCGUUGGCAACUGCCUUCAUCCAAUGUGCCCGAGCGACACCUGUGUGAAGGAUGAAUUCCUCCGGCAUCUUGAGUCUGGAUCGCACCUUUUCGUCCUUUUCUCCGAUUCUGCCUUUGACAAGGCCGAUGGAGCCCACAGCCGGGAGAAGGAGGCCUGGGAGCAGCUUGGAAAACUCUACCAGGACCUCCUGGAGUCGCCUCAAGACGAUCCAAAAGUCCUGAUCGGUCAUAUUCAUUGCUAUGCCAGCGCCACAGAGGUCAAGCUGUGCAAGGAGCCGCCGGGAUGCAAUGGUGAGUUGUCAGCAGUCUCGGCACUUCUCGAGGCGGCAGAGCAAGUGCUGGCUCCGGGAGGCAGCGUUGCAGAGUGGACCAAGAACAUCAUCUGGAAGCACAGACUACGGGGCCUCCUGGCAGUCAUCUCCUUCCACUCGCUGGAAGACGACCUCGUCCGCAAAAAGGUCCGUGGCGAGGCUCUUGGCCGCCGGGCGGCACGCCAGGGCCCCUGGCUGCCAGCAACCGGCCAGGAGCACGAAUUGCUCGUGGUUUGGCAAUCGAGUUGUCCCAUGGAGCUCCAGCAAGUCCGGUGUUUCGAUUUCGGCUCGAAGAGUUACAAGAUCAUGGGGACUUGGGACGACUUCCGAGGCAACGACAUGCAAUGGGAUGGCAGCCACUUCUUUUACAUUGUCAGCCUCAGCCAGCAGGAGUGGGACAGCUUCCAGAUCCUGGAAUCAGGGAGCUGGGAGAAGACGUUGUACCCGAACUGCAAGGAUGGCAGCCCAUUUGAAAAGCAUCAGCUGGUGGGCCCCGAUGGGAAGGGCCAUGGCCGUAACUGGACCAUUGGCCGCCAUGCCGAAGAUGCUGGGAAGGCCGGCAGUCUAUACAAGGUGGAGCUUCUUCCAGAUGGCGUCGGCAGGCCCGGAUCUCUUCGAUGGCGUCGCAUCGGGAGCAGUGAGGUAGAGGCUCUCCAGACUGAGGUGCGCAGAAUGCAGGAGCAGGCGCGACAGAAGGAGCUCAGCUACCGCAGUCGAGUGGCCGAGCAAAACGCCGAGCUCCGUCGCGAGUACGCCGAGCGGCGAUUGCGCUUGUCCAUCCCAGCCGCUCCCAUAGAGUCUGCCAUUGAGGAGGCAGGCAAGCAUGCUGUGGCAUCCAGCAAUCGAUGUCAGAGAUUACCACAAUCGCUUGAAGUUAUGAGAGUGGAGGGAGGAGGUCCGAUUCCUGCACUCGUUCCUGACCCGUCAGGACAUUUCAGGAGCACAGCAGAAGCAUGCAGAAACGCACUUGAAGGUUGA